CUAGCUAGCUCAAUUAACAAUAUAAUGUCUCCCAAGCACUUGUUAGCGUUCCUCUUUGGGGUGGUAUUUCUCACCACUUCUGGCUUGGCUGAUUACAAGCCACCUGUUGAGAAACCACCUACAUACAAGCCUCCGGUUGAGAAACCUCCUGUUUACAAACCACCUACGUAUAAGCCACCAGUUGAGAAACCUCCUGUUUACAAGCCACCUGUUGAGAAGCCUCCCACCUAUAAGCCUCCAGUUGAGAAACCUCCUGUUUACAAGCCACCUGUUGAGAAGCCUCCCACCUAUAAACCCCCAAUUAAAAAACCACCUGUUCACGAACCACCAAUUGAGAAAUCCUCCACAUACAAGCCAUCACCAGUUGAAAAGCCACCCACCUACAAACCUCCAACUGAGAAACCGCCUACUUAUAAGCCACCAGUUGAGAAGCCUCCUGUUUACAAGCCACCAGUUGAGAAGCCUCCUGUUUACAAGCCACCAGUAGAGAAACCACCAGUUUACAAGCCACCUACGGAAAAACCACCAACCCACCCGUCACCGUCUUAUGGUCAUUAUCCUAAGCACCCUCCGUCAACGACAGAGAACUGAUGAUGAGGAGCCCCGGGCCCUGAUUUGAAGCAUGUUUUGGUAUUAUUAUGAAAAUAAAGGCUGUGACUUCAGUUUGUCACCUAGCUCGUGUUGUAUGAGAAUUUCAACUCUUCUUUUUCUUUUUUUGGUUCUUUAGUAUGCAUGUAUGGGUAUGGCUGCAAACUCUCUUACGGAAUAUCGAUGAUCUAUUAUGAUAACAUGUCUCUUAGCCUA